AUUUUUUCAAAAUAUUUUGUGUAGUUUUUUUAAUUUUAAUUUCAUUGCUUUCAGAAUAUUUUAAAAAUAAUGAAUUCUAAUGAGACGAAAAAUGGACCUCCUAGUGAAACCAAUAACUACUCGGGACCAUCCGGCAUGGACUUUAGUGGAACUAUUGAGUCGGACUGGAAUGAAGUGGUGGAUAACUUUGAUGAGAUGAAUUUAAAAGAAGAAUUGUUGCGUGGUAUCUAUGCAUAUGGUUAUGAAAAGCCAACAGCUAUUCAACAACGUGCUAUUUUGCCGUGCAUUAAGGGACAUGAUGUCAUUGCUCAGGCCCAAUAUGGUACUGGAAAGACAGUUACUUUUUCAAUUUCUAUUCUCCAACGAAUUGAUAUAAGUUUGAAUGAGUGCCAAGCACUUAUUUUGGCACCAACACGUGAAUUGGUAAAACAGAUUCAAAAGAUGGUUAUUGCUUUGGGUUAUUUCAUGAAAGUAGAUUGUCAUGCUUGCAUUGGCGGUACAAAGAUUCGUGAUGACAUGCGUAAGCUGGAUACUGGAUCCCAUGUAGUGGUAGGAACUCUUGGCCGUGUUUAUGAUAUGAUUGCUAGAAAAUCACUACGAACUCAAUUUAUCAAGAUAUUUGUGUUGAACGAAGUUAAUGAAAUGUUGUCUCAAGGUUUCGAAAGGAAAUAUCAAAUUAAAGAGGUGUUCAAAUUCCUCGAAAAAGAUAUUCAGGUCAUUAAAUUGUCUAGUACCAUUCGCGAGGACGUUUUGAAUGUGAGCACUCACUUCAUGCGAAAACCAAUACGCAUUUUCGUUCAAAACGAAGAACUGAUAUUGAAAGAUAUUAAACAGUUUUACAUUAAUGUUACCAAAGAAGAAUGGAAGUUUGACACUUUAUGUGAUUUAUUUGACACUCUUAGUUUCACCCAGGUUGUGAUCUUCUGUAACACACAUCGUAAGGUAGAGUGGUUGGCUGAAAAUAUGCAUUUGAAAACAUUUAUUGUCUCAGCUAUGCAUAAAGGAAUGAGCCAACGUCGAUGUAAGCUAAUUAUGCGUCAAUUCAAUUCUGGUGCUAGUCGUGUUCUAAUUACCACUGAUUAUUUCGCUCGAAGCAAUUUUUGUGGUGUUUCAGCGGUUAUCAAUUAUAAUUUGCCUUCCAAUCGCGAAAACUACAUUUAUAGGGUUAAACGUUGGUAUUCCGGUCGUUAUAGAGCCACCAUUAAUUUUAUCACUGAUGACGACAAAAGAACUAUGAAGGAUAUUGAAUCAUAUUACAACACUCAAGUGCUCGAUAUGCCACAAGAUAUGACCGAUUUUCUGUAGACAUUCUUUGUAACUGUGAGUAGUUACUUUGAAUCAAGUGAAAUACAGCGUUAAAAAACGGUUCAAAUUUUCUUUUUAUAUAUAAAUACUUAUAUAAAAAAAAACCACAAAAAAAUUGUAAUUAAAAACUAUCCAAUAUUUUAUCAUUAAACAGUUUUUUUUCCUUUUCAUUUCACAGUGUUUGAGUGACAUGACUAUUGCAAUAAUCCAAUUUACAAAAAUGAUAAGUGCACAUUUUAAUACUUGGUAUAUUUUGCUUUUAAAUAAAUCUUAUUAUACAAUUUUCAUAGUCUCGUUGUACUUCCGUUUGAUGAUUUCUUCUCGGUUGUAAAUAGUAUGUUGUCUUGAAAUUGGCAGAUUUUUUUAAUAUUAUGUUUAUGCUCUUAAAUUUCAAAAGUUGUAUUGAAUACUGUU